UUCUAAGGGGCUGGACUAUUGGCGUGGUUUGAAGCUUUUUUUUUAACGUGUAAGCUCUGCCCCUUUUACGUAGAAAUCGCAGUGGUUUUGACGUCAAAUUACUCGCCUGUGCUUCAGUGUGGUAGUCUUUCUGUAACAGAGUGUUAGGAUUUGAGAGAACCCCACUCGAGUGAAAAAUGGCUGUAGAAGGAGGAAUGAAGUGCGUCAAGUAUCUGAUAUUCAUAUUUAACUUCUUGUUUUGGAUCUCUGGCAUUGCCCUCAUUGUGGUUGGUAUUCUGGUCCAGACCAAAAUGAAUGGCACCCUACAUAUCACCAGUGUCGCUGCCUCCGGAGCUCCCAUUGUAAUCAUCAUAGUUGGAGUAGUCAUCAACUUUGUUGCCUUCUUUGGUUGCUGUGGUGCCUGGAAGGAAAACUACUGCAUGGUGACCACGUUUGCAGUUCUGCUCCUCCUGAUUUUCAUUGUGGAAAUUGCUGCUGCCAUUGCUGGUUAUGUUUUCAAGGACCAGAUUCGUGGUGUCUUUGAGAAGUCGUUUAAUGCCACUAUGCAGCAUUACAACACAUCGGACAAUGCCCGCAACAUUGACAGCUUACAGGAACAGUUUCACUGCUGUGGAAGUGCCUAUUACACAGACUGGUUUCCCCAUAAAGUUCCUGAUUCCUGUUGUAAGAUUCGCACACACAACUGUGGGUUCAACGUGACUGCUGGCAAUAUAUACCAAGAGGGUUGUGUGAACGUUAUUAAUGAUUGGCUUAAAAACAACAUUGUGAUUGUUGCAGGCGUAGCUCUGGGCAUUGCCUUAUUCCAGCUCCUUGGAAUCAUCUUCGCAUGCGUGCUGAUGAAAGGCAUCCGAAGUGGCUAUGAAGUGAUGUAGUCUCCAUCUUAAAUGCAGACUUUUGUCGAUAUAUAUUUUUUUUGUCUGUAUUUUUUGCCACAACUGUGAAUGUUAAUCGCGAUGAAAAUUCUUUCCUUAAAAGGAAAUUAAUGUCUGUACCUUUUUUUUCUAUCCUGCUUUUGAUGUUUUUUAAAUGAAUGAAUACUAAAAUGUAAAUGAUCGACUUGCCAAAUGCAGCUCAUCUGCGGCUUCUUUCGGGCAUCCUCAGUUCCCCUGAGAGGACCACAAAGAUUCAGCGCCCUCUGAAGAAAAGCACCUUCUGCGGGGCACCCUCAUUAGCCUUAGUAGGAGCCUUGCAGAAAAUGCUGACAGGCCAUGAUCUAGCGUGAGGCCUAUCCCCUUGUUCUAGGGAACCUUUUGUAUUAGGGGUUUGAGUUGGACAGCACAUAUGUUUGCCUUAACUGAGAUAACCAAACGUUCAGCAUGUUCCACAGCUUGGUUCAGCUGAGAAGCUUCUGUAACUUCUGACAAUGUUAAGUUUUUGUGAGCAGAUGCAAAAUCUCUGGAAAAAGGGUGGGGUGGAGGGAAAGAGGCUUAAUAAAAGGUUUGAGGACAUUGCCAUCAAUUUUAUGGCUUGGAGGUCAAAAAUGCCUCUUCUUUACCUUUCCCCUACAGCUUUUAGGUAGAGUCCAAAGGAAUUGAAGCAAUGUGCCAUAGGCAUGGUGUAAAUCAUUUCACUGGUCCAGGAACCUUGGUGAUCAGGGUACACUUGCCAUUCUUCUAUUUGAAAUGCACUCUUGCCUGUGCCACUACCUUCUCCUGUGCCCACACCAUCCCAAUUGGGUUUGUGUACUGGUCAGGAUUCUCUAGUUGUUUUUAUCACAAAAGUGAAGAUUCACAAUUUUGCCACCUUCAGCCUGUCUUUGGGAAAAUGCUCUUUCAAAAGGGUUAUUGAGUGCCCAGUUAAAGCUGGUUCUAUGAUACUUGUGAAAAUGUAUGUUCUUAAAAUUUAUAUUUGGGUUAUUUGAUCAAGAUCCUUUUUGUCCUUGAACCCUUUUUAAUUCUGUGUAGAUGGUAACCCUUUUUUUUUUUUGUAUCUUAACUCUGGUGCAUUUAAACACUCACACUUCUCCGAUAUUAGGGGCAUGAACAUGUAUUUCUUCCCUUGUGAAGGCUUUGCAUCACUGUCCUGGUGCGAUUUUGUAAGUUACAUUGACGAACAACAUUGAGGAAUAAAGGGUGGAUAGGAUCCCUCUGCUAGUAUCCUGUAUGUUGAUACGUAUUAGGCAGCUCCCACUGUGGAGUCUGAAAUGUGUUUUGGGCCAUCUGUUUGUGUCGUCUUCAUGGCAUGUGGCACUUGAAGCUCCUUUAGAAGAUUGUGCGUGCCAACAUGUGACAUCUGGUUAACUGCAGCAGUGAUCGAUUGUUGCACACCCCAGUGUCACAGCCUGAAGCCUUCCAAAGCAUGGCCUGUCUGUCCGAUGUUAUUAGCAAGUUAUUUAACUUCCUUUCCUCCAUUUCUUCACUGGUUUAUUUGGGCUGAUGGGUGCAUGUACUCUAGUGGAGAUGUGGGAGAGAUGUCUUGUGUUGUGGGGAUAAAAUGGAUUUUUUACCCCCUGCCCCAUAUCCACCUCUUUCCAGAGGUUGUGGCCUAAUAAGAAAAUAAUGCAACUAUCCAGUGUGCCACCAGACUUGGUCAAUGCCAGCUCUGCUUUUCUGCUAUAGUUGCUUUCUUAAUCUUCAGGAGGCCAUGUUUUCUCCAAAGAACACUUGAGAAAAAGCUGGGACCCGAGUAUGUUUGAUUUUUUUUUGGGGGGGGGUGCAAGGGGGAGGUGGUGGCAAGGCCCUGGGUUCCUUCCUGGCCACCUGACGCCCAAAAUGCUCAAGAUCCCAUUUUUAGAGUUUCCCAAUGUCAAAAAUACUUUGUUUAUUUAAAAAUGCAGGAAGAAUGGUGGAAUUUCCCCAAGAUUGAAGGAGGGGCAGUCUUGUGCCUUGGGAGAGGCAUAACAGACUUCCAAGGAUUAAGCCUGCAAGCAAUGGCUAUUCUGUAAUUUUGUUAACACCCCCGACAGUAAUGUGGGGGGGUUUGGUAGAAUUUGAAGUUGGUAUUUUUCCAAUCUCUUUAGCAUGAAAAAUCUGACCGCAUGCUACUUUGGCUUCUCAUAUAUUCAAGUGUAGAGAGAUUUUUGGUGUUCUAAAUGUGGCAAAAUAAACAUUUUCUAGGUUGUGUGCCAUCUCA